AUGGCGGGGACGCGGGCGGGGGGCGCCGCACCUGCGGACACACAGCGCUCAGACGCGCCCGCCGCGCCGCCCCGCCGCCCCAUCCGAGCUCAAUCACACGAUCCCCGCGGCUGCCAGGGCUCGGAAGGACCCCGGGGAAAUGGCGAUUCGCUCUGGGGCCGCAGCGCCCGCGCUGAAAGACCAGUGCGCAGGCGACGGCGGAGUGGGUGGGGGGCGCAGCCCAUCGUGCUCCCAACGGGCGGCAGCGGGAACCCUAGGCCGCCCCCGCGUCCCAAGCCACCCACCUCACCCACCUUUGCGCCUCGCCGUCCUGGAUGGUUGUCCCCCGCCUCGCCGUUCCCAUGGCGCGGCCCGCCCUGCUCAGCUCUCCCGCCGCAUGUCGCGGGCGCAGGGGCCGGGGAGGAGUGCUGGCUUCAGGAUGUGCUGGCCGCCGUCUCCGCCGAUCUGGAUCCUUCCAUUCAAACCGGCGAGUACGCGCGCCCCGCCCCGGCGCCCGCCCUGUACACGCCUGAGCCGGCUGGAGCGCGGAGUGCGCGGGGCCUCGGGGGCUCCGGCGGCGUCGUCGGGGGCGAGGGGAGCGCAGACGGCCCAGCGCAACUUUCCGCCGGCGAGAGGCGAGGCUUGGGGCUUUGCCUUCUAAGGGAAAGGCAAUCCUGGGGCGGAGCCGCGGCCAGAGCUCCCCCGCCGCCUCCCGGCUUAAGGACGGCCGAGCGAGUUCCCGGUAUGCACUCAAGAAGGGCCACGGGCCCAGUGAUUAGCACCCAGCUUUGGCGCCAGCCGCCUGGGUUCACAGGCGGCUCCAUUACCGUACUGAUUCGCGGAGGUUCCUUUAUCGACUGCGUACUGUAUUCCAGGGUCAGAGCUCGUUUCUUCCAAGUGGAUGAAGGUCCAGGAGCCCUGCGACUGUUGUCUGAAAGCGCCCUCGUUUUUCUGGCCUGGCAGUUGGUCCAGCUUUUCCCGCUGAAGAGGCCUGAGCUUUUCCAGGACUUUAAACUCGAUGCUGAAGCUGGUCUGAGUCCGUGUGUCCAGAUCCCCCCUUGACCUCAACCCCUCACGCUCCCAAUUACUUGGCGUAGGUAUUGGCACCUGGCACAGUCAUUUCCACUUUUAUGCAAUUUUUGUGCAUUCUUAUCUAUUUUAAUAAAAAUUAUGCAUGUCUAUGA